UGCACAUACUCAUAUAACACUGAUUAUACCAACAAUAACAGUGGAAGAUGAGAUUACUCUUUAUUAUGAUGGAGGAGAUAAUUUGUCAGUUGGGCAAAUAUUUAUAAUAAUCAAGUUACUAAGUACUAUUGAUGGAGAGUGUAAGGCUGAUGUUAAAGUUUCAGGAGGUGGUGUG